AUGGCGGACAAUUUGGAUGAUCACGAUGAGCCUCUUGAUGUUCUUGUUGAAGAAGAAGAAGAAGAAGAAGAAGACUGCGUAGAUUACUAUGAAGAUGAAGGAGAUGUUGAUGUUGAUGAUGAUGAUAACGAAACAGCAGAGUAUACAUUCAGAUUCAAGGAAGGUGUAAACCCUUUGGAUUUCGUUGAAGAUAAUGUCUUGACUCCCCAACCUUAUAAGCUAUUCGAACGACUCGAGUUCGAGUAUGAAGCUCUCGCUGAAAAGAAACGAAAAGCACCACCACCGCGGCCAUUACCUGAUGCCAGCAGUGAAGAAGGAGCAGUUAAGAAAGCUAGGGUUGAUGAUGAAUUAGGAGCUAGACUAACAAUGGAGGAGUCUAUCAAAGCUAUUAACUAUGGUGGUCGUCAGAAGAGAUCAAAAAGGCCUAAGAGAAGAGGUAGGCAGAAAGGAACAAAAAAUAAACCCAACCGUGAAGUGGCGCAAAAGCUUGGUGAAGCUACUCUAUAUUUUGCACAUGGCCGCUAUGAAGAGGCCAUAUCUGUGUUGCAUCAGGUUGUUUUACAAGCACCAGUUACGCCUGAUGCAUAUCACACACUAGGACUUGCCCAUGAUGCAUUGGGUGAUAAGAAAAGAGCCUUGGGUUUCUACUUGCUUGCUGCACAUUUAAUGCCCAAAGAUUCAUCCCUCUGGAAAAUGCUUGUUUAUUGGUCAAUAGAAAGAGGAGAUAUUGAUCAAGCAAAUUAUUGUCUUUCUAAAGCAAUUACAGCAGACCCUAAAGACAUUCAAUUAAGACUGCAUCGUGCAUCACUCUAUCUUGAACUUAAAGACUAUAAAAGGGCUGCUGAAUCUUAUGAUCAGAUACAUCAACUCUCUCCUGAAAAUAUCGAAGCAUUGAAAACAAGUGCAAAGUUGUACAGAAGGUGUGGCCAGCUUGAACAUUCCAUCGACAUACUAGAGGACUAUCUUAAAUGUCAUCGUACUAAGGCUGAUUUAAGUGUAAUUGAUUUGCUGGCUUCCACAUUAAUGGAGACCAAUGAUCAUAACAAAGCUCUUCAUCACAUUGAACAUGCUCGGGAAGUCUGCAGUUUGGGAAAAGAGCUGCCUUUGAAUUUGACGAUUAAAAUGGGGCUUUGCCAUGUGCACUUGGGAAAUCUGGAUAGAGCAAAGGCUUUUUUUGGUGCUCUGGAAGGGGAGAAUGCUGCUCAUCAUAUUGACUUGGUUACUGAAGUUGCUGAUUCACUAAUGAAUCUUGGGCAUUAUGACUCUGCAUUGAAGUAUUAUCAGAUGUUAGAAGGAACAGCUGCCUCUGACAAAGGAUCUUUACAUCUAAAAAUUGCCCAUUGUUACUUAUCCUUGAAGAAUAGGGUCCUAGCAAUUUUGUUCUUCAAGAAAGCUCUAAACACGCUUGAGGACAAUAUUGAUGCUCGGUUGACCUUGGCUUCCCUUCUUCUUGAAGAUAGUAGAGUUGCUGAAGCAAUUUUGUUGCUAUCUCCCCCAAGUAAUUUAGAUCACACUGUUCAACAUUCUGAGAAAUCUAAACCAUGGUGGCUACACGAAAAAGUAAAACUAAAGAUUUGCCAUAUAUACAAAGAAAAAGGAAUGCUUGAGGAAUUUGUCAAUGCAAUUUAUCCUCUGGUUCGUGAGUCAUUAUACUGUUGUGAAACUCAAAAACAAAAGGUUAAAGUGAAAAGAAGGCUCAAAAUGAGAGAUCUACAUGAAAGAGUCAAAGUACUGGAUAAUCGUGGAGCUGAUAAUUUGUUUCAUGGAUUUAGACCUGUUGCUACUAAUGCAGAUUUGUUAAAAGCUUGCAGAGCAAAAAAGAUGCUUCAGAAGAAAGAGGAAGAGAAAGCCAAGGCACUUGCUGCUGGAGUUGAGUGGCAGUCUGAUGAUGAUGCAGAUGAUGAAUCUCUGUUACAAGAACAUAGAGAAGCUCCUCUGCCUAAUAUUCUUAAAGAUGAAGAGCAUCAUCUUCUUAUCAUCAAUCUAUGUAAGACACUAGCCACCUUGCAAAGAUUUUCAGAUGCGUUAGAGAUUAUAAGUCUUAGUCUGAGAUUGGCAAAUAACAGUUUAUCUGCGGAUAAAAAGGAGGAGCUUCGGAUGCUUGGAGCUAAACUAGCCUACAACAUCACAGAACCAAAGCAUGGUUUCGACUAUGUUAAGUACAUUGUUCAGCAGCAUCCAUACAGUAUUGCCGCAUGGAAUUGCUACUACAAAGUUAUUUCAAGAUUGGAGAAUCGUGAUACAAGACAUUAUAAGUUUCUGCAGUUUAUGCAAGGAAAACUUAAAGAUUGUGUCCCACCCAUUCUUAUUUCUGCACACCAGCUUACCAGUGGCAGCCAUCAUCAAGAUGCUGCAAGGAAGUAUCUCGAAGCUUAUAAACUGUUACCCGAGAGCCCCUUGAUAAAUCUCUGUGUUGGAACUACUUUAAUCAAUUUAGCACUAGGAUUCAGACUUCAAAAUAAACAUCAGUGUCUUACACAAGGCUUAGCCUUCCUAUAUAAUAAUUUAAGGCAUUGUGAAAGUAGCCAGGAAGCUCUGUACAAUAUAGCUCGAGCAUACCAUCAUGUUGGUCUGGUAACAUUGGCAGCAUCAUAUUAUGAAAAAGUUCUGACAAUGUGUGAGAAGGAUCACCCCAUGCGCAAUCAUCCAAGUGAGAGUCAAGACUCAGAGAAUCAGAGGUCUGGCUAUUGUGACCUCCGCAGGGAAGCAGCUUUCAAUCUGCAUUUAAUCUAUAAAAGAAGCGGAGCUAUUGAUCUUGCUAGGCAAGUCCUUAAGGAUCAUUGCACCUUUUGAGUCUUCAUGUUGGCCACAAUCAACAACUGUUGCUGCUUCAGCUUGUUGGUGGUACAUUUUGUGAUCCUGCAUUAUCUUUAAGUUAAUUGUUUAAACGGGGAUUAAAUCUGCAAGAUUAUUUGCAAAAUUGAGACUGUUUAGCGAGUUGAGACUUGCAGUUGGAAGAAGAAGAACACAUGAGCAUGACUACAUAAAAUUCCUGAUGGUGUCUGAUUAUGAUGACCACCUGUGGUGUUUGGAUCUAGACUGAACUCCUAUCCUAUGGAUCUUUCCCCGGUAAUGAAUCACAGAACUAUAUAUAGCUAUGUACCGGAGAAGGAAAAAUGCUUUUGCAAGUUAAUUGGGCGAGAAAAGAGGAAACCAAGUGAGUGACACCAGUACUGUAAUGAAUCAUAGAACCAUAGCUAUGAACUUGAAGUGAUAUAGGGUUGAAGAAGGAAAAAUGUUGUUAUACUUCGGGUGAGAAGAGAAAGGUACUAGCAGCGGCGACUCACAGCUGGUAAAUAAUUUGUCUUGCUUGUCGAAGUUUCUAAGAGUUAGUUAAUAAUGUUACGAGGAAUAAUGGCGAUUGGGAUGUGAAUGUAAAGAUUAGAUUACUGGUUUCAGAAAGUAGAAGAUGAAGUUGAACAAGCCAUCUUUUGUAGCAACACAAUCUGGUUUUGCAUGGGACACCACAAGAGUACAUGCAUCCUAUGAUGAAAAUAGUGAUGAUAUUCUUAAUUUUGUUCUAGACUAGAAGUUGAUGUUCUUUGUCUUGUAUUUGUAUGUAUUCAAACUUUUACUCAACAAUUCUACACUGGGGGUCUUUUCAUAGCAUCCCUAGAAGAUGGUGCUUUAGUUUUUCUUUCUUUUUUUCUUUUGGUAAUAUGAUUUUUGGUCAGAACAUUGUUAUUGGGCACCAGUAGUGUCUAGCAUUUCUAGACAUGUGAUCUUGCGAUUGGAUAGCGAUACUCUCUAAAAGUUAUCACAUUGAAUUA